GGAGGAGUUUUGUUUCUUGUAUCUAAUAAUGUCAAAUUUCAUAUCCCAAUGUACUUUUUUAUAGGUAACUUGUCUUUUAUGGAUCUUGUGUACUCCUCUAAUAUUGUUCCAAAAAUCCUGGUUGGCCUUAUAUUUGAUCAAAGAUCAAUUUCCUAUCUUGGCUGUGCCACACAGCUUUUCCUUUACUGCGCUCUCGGCAGUACUGAAUGCAUCCUUUUUGCCGUUAUGGCUUAUGAUCGUUAUAUGGCAAUUUGUAAGCCAUUAAAUUACAACUUGAUAAUGCAGAAGAAAACAUGCCUGGGACUUGUUCUUGUAGCUUAUAUCCCAGGUUUUCUUCAUUCUUUAUUAGAAAUUUGUUCAAUCUUCAGUCUUUCCUUCUGUGAAUCUAAUGUCCUCCAACAUUUUGUCUGUGAUAUUCCUCCAUUAUUAAGAAUCUCAUGUUCAGACACUACAAUUAAUGAGAUGAUUAUAUUUGUUUGUUCAUUUUUUAUUAUUAUACCUUGCAUUAUAGCCAUUCUGUUCUCAUAUGGCUCUAUUUCUGUCAUCAUUCUAAAAAUUAUAGCUGCAGGAGGAAGACAGAAAGCUUUUUCUACAUGUACCUCUCAUAUCACAGCAGUAACAUUAUUUUAUAGCACUCUGCUCUCUGUGUAUCUCAGUCCUAAAUCUCUGUCUUCUGGAGACAACCUGCAUAUAGCCACCAUCUUUUAUACUGUGGUAUUACCCAUGUUAAACCCACUGAUUUAUAGUUUGAGAAAUACAGACAUAAAAUUUGCCCUAAUAUCAACUGUUAGAGUGAAAUGUACAUUGUAG